CAUACCACUUCACCGGACUGGAAUCGUCAACUACCGGCAGUUAGGUUACCCGGGCAGGUAUAACUCGUGGAGAUGCAGAAUGUCAUGUUAGGGGGUACGUUAUCAUAACCGAUGGGGGAGAGUGUUGGGGCCUUGUCCCAAGUACCGUACGUUAUGAUAAGUGCAAACACGCUUGACCAACACCGAUAAUCUACCUAUCAUACCGGUAUUCAUUCAGCCAACUCGACUCCACCGCUUCCAAGCCGAACUAUGGCAUCCCCCACAUAUGCUAUAUAUGCACGGCACAGCGCGGAAAACAAAAACAAAAGUACCAAAACACCGUCCCUACCCGAGCCAGUCAACUCCCCCCCAACUAACUAACCUUUUCCAACUGUUCCUGAUAUCAUAACCACCGUACAAAGCCCCCCAACAACCUCCAAUCCAAAUGCCCCAAACAACAAGUCCAAUCCUAAUCUCAAUAACCGGCGGUGAAGCCGCUGGAAAAAAGGCCGUCCAGGCGGGACUAAAGUCCCGCCUGCUAUCCCUGAACGGCGAACUGAAGAUAUCGACGCUGCACAUGGCCGACUACGCACUCCCGCCACUGCUGCCGUGCACGGGGACGGCGGCGGAAGGGGCGAAGAGGUACGAUCUUGAGCGGUUGGCGGGGGAAUUGGAAGGCAUCGUUCGCGGGGAUGUGGAGGAGGCGGAAGUGGACGUGGUCAUUGCGGAGGGGCGGUACAUGCUCUGCUGUUCGCGGUUGGUGGAGGUUGCUGGUGUGAAGAUAUUCGUGGAUUGCGAUUCGGACGUUAGGCUUGCGCGGAAGGUGAUACGUGAGUCGGGAACGCGAUCCCUCGAUCGUAUUCUUGACGAGUACGUUCGCAAGAGUAAGCCCGCUUUUGAGCAGGCUAUUCUCCCCACAAAGCAUAUCUCGGAUAUCAUCCUCCCGGCCGGCGCCGAGGGUCCUGGGCUCGAUCUUAUCGCCCAUGGUAUCAUGGACGACCUCAAGCGGAAGAGGGGCCGUCAGAGUUUGCCCGGCAUAUUGGCCAGUGUUUCGCACUUGCAGUUGCCAUUGACCUUGAGUGAGGUGGAUUUGACGACGGGGGCACCGAGUUAUUACCAAACCGUUUAAUGGGGAAGUGAGAGUCUGGCUUUUUUUGUUGGUUUGAGGUGGUGGUCAGUUUAUAGGCGCUUUGCUCUUC